AUGGGCGUAGAUCCUCAGCAUGUAGUACGUGAGCCACCGAUUGUAGGGUCAGACGAUACGACACAAGAUCCUAUGGAGACACAAGAUGGUGUAGAUUCUCAGCAAUUUGGAUCAUCAGCACAAUCAGUGCCUGAGACUUCACAUCAUAGCGGUUCUUCACGGGUGCCGCGUAUGUUACGGGGUGGAAAAGUUCACACAAUAGAUGAGCAGGGUAGAAGGAAUGUUAGGACUGUUGGUAGUCCUAAGGACAUAUGGCACAUACCUGAUGGGGAAAGGAUAGUGAUCCAAUUCAAUGCCGCACACCAACCAAUGGGCCCGGGUAGCGAGAAAUUUAGAAGAAUCUGUGGGAAGAUCGUAAGAAAUGGUCGUUUUAUCAAUUUGCAUGGUAACUGGAGGAAGUUACCACCAGAAGGGAAGGAACAGAUGUGGCUCGCCCUAACGAAAAAAUUCUAUAUGGAGCCUGUUCACGACAUCGUGAACAUAAAAAGACUGACGUUGAUGGACCUCGCAAACAAAAGAAGGCAGUUCAGGCACGAGGGCGGUGACAGCGCAAAUUUUUAA